CAUGGCUGCAUUUCUUCUGCAGGCACCAUGUAAGCAGCUAUAUAUGCAUGUGGCGGCCGGUGGAAUCAUCAGUGUAAACUAUUGCAGACAAGCCGCCGAUUGAUUCCUGCACCUAUGCUAGUUAGCAGUACAAUCUGAACCUUGUUAAUUCUGCACUCCACGGCCCUUAAUCGAUACAGCAGUAUAAACUUUGUUUGCAUUGCUCGGUUGGUUUUGACUAGUUUUGACCCGGCAAAUCGGCAUGGGGCACAGCGGUGGUGUGGAGCAGUCUCCGUGCAGGGUUCUGCCUAUCAUCGACGAAGGAUCGGAAUCGGAGAUGGAGUGGGACGACACAGGAUCGUCCGAGGGCGCAGGGAUAGAGACGACAGCGAAGGAAGCGCGGUCCAUCGUCGACCGGAGGAAGGCAGUUGUGGCGAGGAUGAGGGAGCUUCUUCGGCGAGCCGUGGCACAGUCUUCAUCGUCGGCGCCUCCAUCCAAGCUGCGCACGCCGACCGUGUUGGCCACCGCCAAGAAAUGGAAGAGGGCGGUGAGCUUCAAGAGCAGAGACCAUUGGCGGCGGCAGGCGGUGGACUGCGGGAGCACGACGUCGUCGGUGUCCAGCAGCAGGAACAGCUUCGAAAGCCGGGACGCCACCGUCUUCCCGUGUCCGGCACAGUCCCGCCAGCAGCACCAUGCUAAGUGGGUCACCACGGAUUCUGACUUCGUCGUGCUGGAACUGUAAGCCUAGACGGUGGGGGGCUGGGGAGACGCGACGACCUCGACGAACUCAACUAGGUCGACUGUAGUGGGCGCUUAUAGAUGUCAAAUGGUCUCUGCGUCCAAACAAUCGGGACGAUUUAUGGCCUGGCAAAUAUGUGUGAGUUUCUGUAAAGGGAAAUUUUAUAUUUUUCUGUA